AUGGAUCCCUUGUCGGAUGAAGCGUUGGCCAUCGUUGUUCCCAUCGUGGUGUACUGGCUCUACUCUGGCUUGUACAUGGCGCUCGGCCACUCCAUCUCCAUGGACAAGUAUCGGCUGCAUUCCAAGGAGGAGGAGGAUGCCAAGAACUUGGUCUCCAAGCGCGACGUCGUCAUGGGCGUCCUCCUCCAGCAGCUCGUCCAGGCCGCCGUCGCCGCCGCCACAUUCACGCUCGCCGGCGAGAGGAGAACGACGACGGCGACGACGGCGUCGCCGUCGUCGUGGCUGGCGGUGGCGGCGCGGUUCGCGGUGGGCAUGGUGGUGCUCGACGGGUGGCAGUACGCGUGGCACCGGUGGAUGCACACCAACCGGUUUCUGUACCGGCGCGUCCACUCGUGGCACCACCGCCUCGUGGCGCCCUACGCGUUCGGCGCGCAGUACAACCACCCCGCCGAGGGCCUCCUCCUCGACACCGUCGGCGGCGCCGUCGCCUUCCUCGCCUCCGGCAUGUCGCCGCGCGCCUCCGUCGUCUUCUUCUCGCUGUGCACGGCGAAGGGCGUCGACGACCACUGCGGCCUGUGGCUGCCGGCGGCGAGCCCGCUCCAGCGCGUGUUCCGGAACAACGCCGCCUACCACGACGUGCACCAUCAGCGCCGCGGCGGCCGGUACAACUUCUCGCAGCCGUUCUUCGUGACGUGGGACAAGGUGUUAGGGACGCAUAUGCCCUACGUGGUAGAGGAGAGGCCUGGAGGAGGGCUCCAAGUGCGGCCGGUGGCCAUGUCGCCGUCGUCGGCGACUGCAGCGGCAGGCGCCAGCGGGAAAUGAAACUUAAACUGUACGUGUGCGCGGUGAAGGGCCACCAGCUGACUCCACAGCUUUUUCAAAAACAAUGU